AUGGAACAAAACAUUCAAAAGCAAAUAAACCAAGGAUGGCUAGAGCCAGAGGGAGAAGAUGACUAUGCUUGUAUGUACGCGCACACGAUCUCUGGAGGCAAUCCUUCGGUUUUCAACCUUGCAGAAUUGUCGCCAACUAAGGAAGCUGUUUCCCCAGUUUCUUUCGCAGCUGAUCAGGAAGAAACUGUCGGCCGGCGACCUCGUGGUAGGCCGGCCGGCUCCAAGAACAAGCCGAAACCACCCAUUAUCGUCACUAGGGACAGUGCUAAUGCACUUAAGGCUCAUGCACUGGAAGUCACAUCUGGGUGUGAUAUCAAUGAAAGUUUGCUCAGCUUUGCAAGAAGGAAGCAGAGGGGGAUUUGCAUUCUCAGUGGAACUGGCUGUGUCACUAAUGUAACUCUACGCCAGCUUGCUUCUUCUGGGGCAACAGUGACACUCCAUGGUCGGUUUGAGAUUCUCUCCUUGCUUGGGUCGAUCCUGCCGCCGCCUGCGCCACCGGGGAUCACCGGGCUGACGAUCUACCUUGCCGGAGCUCAAGGGCAGGUUGUGGGUGGUGCUGUGGUGGGGGCUCUGGUUGCUUCAGGACCAGUGGUGAUCAUGGCUGCUUCGUUCAUGAAUGCUACUUUUGAUCGUCUGCCAUUAAUGGAGGACGACGAGAUUGCCCAGAAUCAGCAGCAUUACCAGAAUGGUCGAAGCCACCACCACCACCACCACCAUCUUGAUGCCUCAGAUUUGUAUGGAAUACCUCAGAACUUGCUCACCAAUGGUGCAAUCCCUCCUGAGAUAUAUUCAUGGGCUCCUGGGCGUAAUAACUUCUCAAAAGCCUGAAACUUUAGGCCUAAUAUUUCUCACUAGUUCUCGCACUCAC